UUUUUCUCUCUCUCUCUUUGUUCCCGCACAACGAUGAGGAUUUUCCGCCCAACUGGCAACUCUAUUUGUUUGCAAAAUAUGAAAUUUAUAUAAAAUAAUGUUUUCACUUGUGGGGGCCAGGACCUUUGAUAACUGGACAUGCAAAUUAUUUGAGAUAUGAAUCACAGUCUCCUGUACAAUGAUAAACUUCAAGGCUGGACUUCAUUCUAUUAUUUUUUUCGUCUUUUCUUCCAGUGGUCUGCUCUCGAUAGAGCCUGAAGUGAAGACCGUAAGCAAGAAAGAGGGAGAAACCAUCAGUCUACACUCUCGUCUUACUGGAGAACAGACAAACCCUCUGAUAAUGUGGUCAUUUGAUACUGGUAGUUCUAAAAAAAUAAUAGCCGAGCUUAACAGGGGAGACUUUACAACAAUCCAUAGCCAGAGAUUUAGAGACAGGCUGCAGCUGGACAGACAGACUUGGUCUCUCAACAUCAGCAACCUCAACAGCAAAGACACUGGAGUUUACUACAUAUACAUCUUUACCAAUGGAGAAAGUACAGACAGGAAAUUGAACUUAAUAGUAUAUUCUCCAGUGCCUAAACCUGUCAUCACUCACAUCACUCCGAGGUACUCAGUCAGUCGCUCAGUGUCCAGUGCAGUGUGCAGAAAGAGCUGCUCAGUGCUGUGUUCUGUGAAGAAUGAGAGAGAGGUCGUCCUGUCCUGGCAGAGGGAGGGGGAGACACUAUUCAACACCAGCAGCCCUGAUCUCAACAGCACCCUGUCUCUCCCUCUGGAGACAGAAAACUGCAGUGCUGCUCUGAAACCUAGUAGUGCUGAACCCAUCAGUAACCAGACUGUCCCACUCAACACUGAGGAGCUCUGUCUUCUGAGCCCAGAGUCAAGCAAAACAAGGAAUUACAUAUUACCUGCAGUGAUGAUACCAGUGGUGGUGAUAGCAGUAAUUGCAUGUGUUGGUUUCUUUAUAAAAAAUCAGAAGAGUAAAGAACUGGAACACACAGGUAAUAGGGAUGUGAGCAGAGAGAGUGGUGAACUGCAGUAUGCUGACGUUUGCAUAGGAGCACACCCAAAAGAGACACAGCGCUCGGAAGGCGUUCUCAGGGCCCUGGAUCCAGAGAGAGAAGAUGGAGUUGUGUAUGCAGAUGAUGCAACACAACCGUUUGCUACUGAAAACUACAGCCACAGGAUGGGGUGUCGGCGACUUCAAAGAUGUUCACACUGGAUACACUUCUUGUUCGCCUGCCAUUUGUUAGGGUUCCAUCUGUCUUUAGCCCAGACACCUGAGCAGACCACGUGGGUGAAAGGCAUUCUGGGAGGAUUUGUCACAUUUCCAGCUCCAGUGUUGAAAACUGGCACCCUGUCAUAUAAAGAUCUAGGAGCUGCAGCCAUGGUGGUAAAAGGCAGCAGUGACACAGAGCUUAUAAAGCAGUUCACUGGCAGACUGCAGUGUAGCUGUCAGACUGGACUCUUCACCAUCACACAUCUGAGGGCAGAGGAUUCUGGGACAUAUGUUGUGGACAGUAAAGAUGAACAGAGUAAACUCACAUUUAUGUUCCAGUUGGAAGUCUACAAGAAUGUUUCCUCACCCACAGUGACAUGGAUACAAUCGGAGAGAAAUAACUGCUCAGUGCUGUGCUUUGUGGAGAAUGGAAGAGAGGUCACUCUAUCCUGGCUGAGAGAUGGGGAGAUGCUAUCCCGCACCAGCAACCCUGAUAUCAACACCUCUUUGUCUCUCCUUCUGGAGUUAGAGGGAGAGGGACACACCUACUACUGUGAGACAAGGAACCCUGUCAGCUCACAGCUCUCCCGGCUGGAUGUACCAUCUAACUGCACUGAGGAUUCAAGGUUCAGCCCAUCUGUAGCCCAGACACCAGAUCAGACUAUGUCGGUGAAAGGCAUUCUGGGAGGAUCUGCCACAUUUCCAGCUCCAGUGUUUAAAACUGGCUCCUUGUCAUAUAAAGAUCAAGGAACUGCAGCCGUGGUGCUCAAAGGCAGAAGUGACACGGACUUUAUAAAGCAGUUCAGAGGCAGACUGCAGUGGGACAGUCAGAUUGGACUCUUCACCAUCACACAUCUGAGGACAGAGGACUCUGGGACGUAUGUUGUGGACUGUAAAGAUGAGAGUAAACUCACAUUCCAGCUGGAAGUCUACAAGAAUGUGUCCACACCCACAGUGACAUGGAUACAAUCAGAGAGAAAGAACUGCUCGGUGCUGUGCUUUGUGGAGAAUGGAAGAGAGGUCACUCUAUCCUGGCUGAGAGAUGGGGAGAUGCUAUCCCACACCAGCAGCCCUGAUACCAACACCUCUUUGUCUCUCCUUCUGGCGUUAGAGAAAGAGGGACACACCUACUACUGUGAGACAAAGAACCCUGUCAGCUCACAGCUCUACCGGCUGGAUGUACCAUCUAACUGCACUGAGGAUUCAGAUCAGAAAGCUGCCCCUAGGAAUUACACCAUCCCCCUCGCUGUGGGAAUGUGCUCACUGCUUGUUCUUACAUGUGGGAUGGGAAUGAUGUAUUUGUGCUUGCAGAGAAGAAGAAGGCGUUUUGUACAAGUUGAGAAGAACAUCAAACUGACCACUGUGUACGAUGAAGUUCAGCCGUGCACAGUCUCUGCUGCUGAACAGUGCUGACAGAGUGGAGUGUUCUCAGGAGGUCUGUUUGUGUUGGUGCUGUUGCCAGGUGCUGCUGGGAGCCCCUGGGUAGCACAUAAUUGGCUGUGGCAACGCCUAGAGAAGGAAUCCGAUUUCAUACUGCACCUGGUCAUUCAGCCUGUGGCCUGCCUGUGCUUUCAACUGCCUGUGCUAGCCUGCGCCCUCCUAGUUUAACAGGGGAUGUUGCAGAGGUGGGAUAUUUUAAGGGUCUUCAAAGAUUGUCCUGCGUGAAAUUUUUGAGAGGAUAUUUAAAUUAAAAUUCAAUGGACAUUGUUUCCAACAUUUUACUAAAAUGUAUUUACAAUGUAAUUUUUGAAUAUUUUUUUAAAUGAAAAUAUAUUUAGAAGAAUGAAGGAAGGAUUGUUUUGGAGUAACACAAUGCACAAUUGUCAAGGAGACCCUGCAGCAUUUGAGAGAUAAUUUGUAACAUAAUUUGUAUUCAUUAUAUAAAAUACCUAUUAUGCAACAAUAAAGCGGUACAGAUUUCAGAAUUGGGUGGCUCUCCUUUUCACAAUAUUAAACCCCGUCUCAGUGCCAUUGAGAAACUACAAAUCCCUAAUGUCUUAGUUUUGCACAUCGUGUCCGGUCAUUAUUGAAUUAGUGUGGUGUUUUGGUCUUUGUGUUUGCUUGCCUGUGUGCAGCUCCAGGUUGUUUUAUUUUUGACGCUGAUGUCUCAAGUAAAGAUUUGCUUUCACCAGG